UGGCAACAGCGAUUUGGUGAGUCGAGGACGUGACCUGCCCCAACACACAACCCACGGCGCCCGCCACCUAUACCCCUCGAACCUCCGGCAAUCUCUACUCUCGAGUACAGCAGCCAUGUCGCGCUUUUUCGCCGCCAGCGACAGCUCCUCGGACGAGUCCAGCGAGGAGGAGCUCUACUCCAACGAUGAGGAAUCUGAACAGGAAGACUCCGAAAUGGACUCUGACGACGACUCUGACGACUCCGAUUCGUCGUCCGGAUCCGAGACCGGUGCCGCCCGUUUCUUGAAGGACGUCAGCAGCGACAGCGAGAGCGAUGAUGAGGACGCGAACAAGGUGCUGAAGAGCGCCAAGGACAAGCGCUUCGACGAACUUGAGGCCGUCAUCAGGCAGAUCGAGAAUGCGCAGAGGAUCAACGACUGGGCCGUCAUCUCAGACCAGUUCGACAAGGUGAACCGCCUGGUGCCCACCCUGAUCAAGCAGAACGAUGGCAAGGUUCCCAAGAUGUACAUCCAGGCCAUCGCCGACCUCGAGACCACCGUCCAGGAGACCCACGAGAAGCAAAAGGUUACCCCGAAGAAGAUGACCGCCCCCAACCAGCGUGGUUUUAACGCCAUGCGCCAGAAGGUCAAGAAGCACAACCGCGACUACCAGAGGGACAUCGACCUGUACAGAGAGAACAAGGAGGAGUUCAUGAAGGAGCAGGAGGUUGUCGAGCAGGCACCCAAAGAGAAGAAGAAGAAGGACAAGAGCAAGAUCGCCCAGCUCGGCACCGAGACCAUCAUUGACGCUGGCGACGAUGGCUUCGUUACCGUUGGCGCCGGCGGCAAGGCCGUCCAGUACACUGCAGAGGGUAUCCUCAAGCAGCUGCGGUCGAUCGUCGAGCAGCGUGGACGCAAGAACACAGACAAGCUCGAGCAGAUCCGCACAAUGGAGAAGCUGUUCGAUGUCGCGGUCAACGACUACCAGAGAGUCCGCGUUCUCCUGACACUGAUCUCCACUCGCUUCGAUUUGACAUCCGGUACCGCUAGCCACAUGCACCAGGAGCAGUGGAAGUUGGCCGACCAGGAGUUCGGCAAGCUUCUCCAGAUCCUCGAAGACAGCAACGAGAUUGUCGUCAUUGAGAACGCUGAGGAGUGGGAGGACGACGAGAAGACACCCGUCAUCGAAGAGGGUCAGAUCUUCAAGAUCCCCGGCAGCGUUGUGUCUUUCGUCGAGAGGCUCGACGAUGAGCUCACCCGCUCCCUUCAGCACAUCGACCCCCACACAGCCGAGUACGUCGAGCGCCUCACAGACGAGAGUGCGCUGUAUGCUCAGCUUGUGCGCACAAUGAUCUACGUUGAGAGCCUGCAGAAGAAGGAGGACCUUGAGCUUCCCCAAGAGUCGGCUAACCGCGUGGUCAUGCGCCGAUUGGAGCACGUCUACUUCAAGCCCUCAGCCGUUGUCCAGAUUCUCGAGUCCAAGACUUGGGAGGCGAUCCCGUCCAACCUCGACUCCACAACCACUCCCCGCUCCUCCACCAACGACACAUCCUCCCUCGUCCAGACACUCUGCACAUACCUCUUCAGACACAGUGAGGGUAUCAUCCGCGCAAGGGCAAUGCUUUGCCAGAUCUACUUCCUGGCUCUGCACGACCAGUACUACCAGGCUCGCGACAUGAUGCUCAUGUCUCACUUGCAGGAGACUAUCAGCAACUUUGAUGUCAACACCCAGAUCCUCUUCAACCGCUCGCUCGUACAAGUUGGUCUCUGCGCAUUCCGUGCUGGUCUUGUCUACGAGGCCCAGACUUCGCUGCAGGAGAUCUGCGGCAGCAACAGGCAGAAGGAGCUUCUCGCACAGGGUCUUCAGAUGCAGCGCUACUCGCAAAUCUCGCCUGAGCAAGAACGUCUCGAGCGUCAGCGCCAGCUGCCUUUCCAUCUCCACAUCAACCUCGAGCUGCUCGAGUGUGUCUACCUGACCUGCUCUAUGUUGCUCGAGAUCCCUCUCCUCGCACAGCUUGGCUCGUCGCCCGAUCUCAGGAAGCGCGUCAUCAGCAAGACCUACCGCCGUCUCUUAGAAUACCAUGAGCGCCAGAUCUUCACCGGUCCUCCGGAGAACACUCGCGACCACGUCAUGCAGGCCUCGAAGGCGUUGUCCGCUGGCGAGUGGAAGAAGGCCGCCGAGUUCAUCAACAGCAUCAAGAUCUGGGAGCUCAUGGCCAACGCAGAGCAGAUCAAGGACAUGCUGUCCGCGCAGAUCCAGGAGGAGGGUCUGAGGACUUACCUCUUCACAUACGCGCCGUACUACGACACACUCGCCAUCUCCACCCUGGCUGAGAUGUUCGAGCUGAGCGAGCGCAAGAUCAGCGCUGUCGUCAGCAAGAUGAUUUCUCACGAGGAGCUCGCUGCUGCCCUCGACCAGGUCAACAGCGCCGUCAUCUUCCGCAAGGGCGUCGAGCUGUCCCGCCUCCAGACCCUGGCUCUCAGCCUCUCGGACAAGGCAUCUGGCCUCAUCGAGUCGAACGAGAAGACGCUCGAGCAGAGGACACAAGGCACAGCCCACGCCUUCGAGCGACAAGGCGGUCGCGGCGGACGCGGUGGCGGUCGUGGAGGACGCGGUGGUCGUGGAGGCGGUGGCGGACCAAGGGGAGGCAGAAAUCAGCAGUUCACGGGCGGUGCUUUGGGGCGCGCCAUCCAGGCUUAGGAUGCUGUUUAGGUUUUCAUGGGUGGCGUUUGAUCGGGUUCGCUGGCUUUUUGGCGGCCUGUGGUAAUGCAAUGGCAUGAUGAUUCGACAUGAGAUGUGGAUUGUGGAGAUGAUCUGUUAGUGCAUACCAAGUAGAUUACGAAUUACAU